CUUCCCAGCAUUCCCUGCAACUCAAGAUGGACGAGCUCAAUGUAGAAGUCCUCGGUCCUCACGGGGCGUAUUAUAAGGCAACUGUGAUGGACAUGAUAGGAGAUGAGGUCCUGGUGCGCUACGAGGGGGACUGGUGCCAGGAGACCCGUGUAGCCAUGACAGGUGUCAGAUUACCUCCCCCUGGGGGUCCUUCACCCGUUGAAUACCCAGAGGGUACAGAGGUGGAGAUCUACGACCGCUUGAUGAAUGCUCCUUACUCUGCAUAUUGGAAAGCUACGAUAAAGAUGUCCAAAGGAGAUUUCCAUGUAGUAGAAUUCACUGGAUUACAGUUAACAAGUGGUGAGAACAUCUUCCCCUCAGAGAAGAUCAGACUGAGAAACCCCAAUCCUCCCAUCACACCUAAAACCUUCUACAAAGUGGAGGUGGAAGUACCAGAGGACAUCAGAGAUUAGUA